AUGGCCUCGUUCCUUGAAGAGCUUUGGAAUUCCAUCUUUACGCCUGGCCCGACGCCCACACUCCUCGUUGCGACGAAUGCCGCAUUUGCCGCCCUCCAGCUCCUCCUUUUGAUCCUCCUCAUCGCAACGUACUCUCUCCACUUUUUGGUAUUAUCCGUUCUGUGCGGCGGUCUUUGGUACUCCAUCAACUGGUUUGCUACUGAAAUCGCAAAAGAACAGCAAGCGCAAAAGGCAAAAGAGAAGAAAGAAAAGAGCCCGGAGCCCGAUAACGCGAGUGACACUGAAACUGAAGCGCCGACACCGCAGGCGUCGGGAGCUGAUCCUGGAAAACCAACGACGGCACCAUCGGCGCGCAGUCAGAGUCCAAGACACGAGCGGCCGAAAGACAUUGCAACCACGCUCCUUGAGCCGAAGAUGGCCGAGAGUACAGAGGCAUUAAGGCGUCGGCGCAGCCUGGGCGAGAGCUCAGGUUAUGUCAGCACUGAUAGUGAGUGGGAGAAGGUCUCCGAGGGAGAAGACAAGAGCAAGUGA